AUGGGUGGAGCCGAAUCAGCUGAAAUGAAUCCCAAUCAAGUGAAACAAGUGGCGGCCAGUGACAAGACAAAGAGGAAUGAGAAACAUAUGAAGACAGUGGAUAAAAAUGUAUCUCAAAUCACGGAAGAAAACGUACGUGUGACGGACUUUGAGGCUGUGAGUGAAUUGAAGCGCAACGUCAAGAAGAACGAGAAGUGUCCUCAUGAGCCGGAAACAGAACCAACACAUAGCAAAAUCCCUGCCAACAAUGGAGGAGUCAAGACUGAAGUGUUCCAGUCGCAGGAGGCCGACGGCAGCAUCGUGACAAAGACGGUGAAGACGACGACACGCACUUCGACGUCUGCUAGCGGUGAGCUGGUGAAGACAAUCGAUGUGGAGACGACGACGGAGACGGAGACAACUUCUGGCGAGAAGAGCACCACGGUGGAGAUGGAGACGCGCGAGGAGACGGAAGUGGAGGAGAGCAGUCUCAUGACGACGCCAGGCAGCGCGACAACGUCCGUUUCAGGUGCUCAGGUCAUCCGCUCCACCGUGGAGGCUGGUACGACCCCAGAUGAGUCGGUACAGACUGAGGUGUUCCAAUCGCAGGAGGCCGACGGCAGCAUCGUGACAAAGACGGUGAAGACGACGACACGCACUUCGACGUCUGCUAGCGGUGAGCUGGUGAAGACAAUCGAUGUGGAGACGACGACGGAGACGGAGACAACUUCUGGCGAGAAGAGCACCACGGUGGAGAUGGAGACGCGCGAGGAGACGGAAGUGGAGGAGAGCAGUCUCAUGACGACGCCAGGCAGCGCGACAACGUCCGUUUCAGGUGCUCAGGUCAUCCGCUCCACCGUGGAGGCUGGUACGACCCCAGAUGAGUCGGUACAGACUGAGGUGUUCCAAUCGCAGGAGGCCGACGGCAGCAUCGUGACAAAGACGGUGAAGACGACGACACGCACUUCGACGUCUGCUAGCGGUGAGCUGGUGAAGACAAUCGAUGUGGAGACGACGACGGAGACGGAGACAACUUCUGGCGAGAAGAGCACCACGGUGGAGAUGGAGACGCGCGAGGAGACGGAAGUGGAGGAGAGCAGUCUCAUGACGACGCCAGGCAGCGCGACAACGUCCGUUUCAGGUGCUCAGGUCAUCCGCUCCACCGUGGAGGCUGGUACGACCCCAGAUGAGUCGGUACAGACUGAGGUGUUCCAAUCGCAGGAGGCCGACGGCAGCAUCGUGACAAAGACGGUGAAGACGACGACACGCACUUCGACGUCUGCUAGCGGUGAGCUGGUGAAGACAAUCGAUGUGGAGACGACGACGGAGACGGAGACAACUUCUGGCGAGAAGAGCACCACGGUGGAGAUGGAGACGCGCGAGGAGACGGAAGUGGAGGAGAGCAGUCUCAUGACGACGCCAGGCAGCGCGACAACGUCCGUUUCAGGUGCUCAGGUCAUCCGCUCCACCGUGGAGGCUGGUACGACCCCAGAUGAGUCGGUACAGACUGAGGUGUUCCAAUCGCAGGAGGCCGACGGCAGCAUCGUGACAAAGACGGUGAAGACGACGACACGCACUUCGACGUCUGCUAGCGGUGAGCUGGUGAAGACAAUCGAUGUGGAGACGACGACGGAGACGGAGACAACUUCUGGCGAGAAGAGCACCACGGUGGAGAUGGAGACGCGCGAGGAGACGGAAGUGGAGGAGAGCAGUCUCAUGACGACGCCAGGCAGCGCGACAACGUCCGUUUCAGGUGCUCAGGUCAUCCGCUCCACCGUGGAGGCUGGUACGACCCCAGAUGAGUCGGUACAGACUGAGGUGUUCCAAUCGCAGGAGGCCGACGGCAGCAUCGUGACAAAGACGGUGAAGACGACGACACGCACUUCGACGUCUGCUAGCGGUGAGCUGGUGAAGACAAUCGAUGUGGAGACGACGACGGAGACGGAGACAACUUCUGGCGAGAAGAGCACCACGGUGGAGAUGGAGACGCGCGAGGAGACGGAAGUGGAGGAGAGCAGUCUCAUGACGACGCCAGGCAGCGCGACAACGUCCGUUUCAGGUGCUCAGGUCAUCCGCUCCACCGUGGAGGCUGGUACGACCCCAGAUGAGUCGGUACAGACUGAGGUGUUCCAAUCGCAGGAGGCCGACGGCAGCAUCGUGACAAAGACGGUGAAGACGACGACACGCACUUCGACGUCUGCUAGCGGUGAGCUGGUGAAGACAAUCGAUGUGGAGACGACGACGGAGACGGAGACAACUUCUGGCGAGAAGAGCACCACGGUGGAGAUGGAGACGCGCGAGGAGACGGAAGUGGAGGAGAGCAGUCUCAUGACGACGCCAGGCAGCGCGACAACGUCCGUUUCAGGUGCUCAGGUCAUCCGCUCCACCGUGGAGGCUGGUACGACCCCAGAUGAGUCGGUACAGACUGAGGUGUUCCAAUCGCAGGAGGCCGACGGCAGCAUCGUGACAAAGACGGUGAAGACGACGACACGCACUUCGACGUCUGCUAGCGGUGAGCUGGUGAAGACAAUCGAUGUGGAGACGACGACGGAGACGGAGACAACUUCUGGCGAGAAGAGCACCACGGUGGAGAUGGAGACGCGCGAGGAGACGGAAGUGGAGGAGAGCAGUCUCAUGACGACGCCAGGCAGCGCGACAACGUCCGUUUCAGGUGCUCAGGUCAUCCGCUCCACCGUGGAGGCUGGUACGACCCCAGAUGAGUCGGUACAGACUGAGGUGUUCCAAUCGCAGGAGGCCGACGGCAGCAUCGUGACAAAGACGGUGAAGACGACGACACGCACUUCGACGUCUGCUAGCGGUGAGCUGGUGAAGACAAUCGAUGUGGAGACGACGACGGAGACGGAGACAACUUCUGGCGAGAAGAGCACCACGGUGGAGAUGGAGACGCGCGAGGAGACGGAAGUGGAGGAGAGCAGUCUCAUGACGACGCCAGGCAGCGCGACAACGUCCGUUUCAGGUGCUCAGGUCAUCCGCUCCACCGUGGAGGCUGGUACGACCCCAGAUGAGUCGGUACAGACUGAGGUGUUCCAAUCGCAGGAGGCCGACGGCAGCAUCGUGACAAAGACGGUGAAGACGACGACACGCACUUCGACGUCUGCUAGCGGUGAGCUGGUGAAGACAAUCGAUGUGGAGACGACGACGGAGACGGAGACAACUUCUGGCGAGAAGAGCACCACGGUGGAGAUGGAGACGCGCGAGGAGACGGAAGUGGAGGAGAGCAGUCUCAUGACGACGCCAGGCAGCGCGACAACGUCCGUUUCAGGUGCUCAGGUCAUCCGCUCCACCGUGGAGGCUGGUACGACCCCAGAUGAGUCGGUACAGACUGAGGUGUUCCAAUCGCAGGAGGCCGACGGCAGCAUCGUGACAAAGACGGUGAAGACGACGACACGCACUUCGACGUCUGCUAGCGGUGAGCUGGUGAAGACAAUCGAUGUGGAGACGACGACGGAGACGGAGACAACUUCUGGCGAGAAGAGCACCACGGUGGAGAUGGAGACGCGCGAGGAGACGGAAGUGGAGGAGAGCAGUCUCAUGACGACGCCAGGCAGCGCGACAACGUCCGUUUCAGGUGCUCAGGUCAUCCGCUCCACCGUGGAGGCUGGUACGACCCCAGAUGAGUCGGUGCAGACUGAGGUGUUCCAAUCGCAGGAGGCCGACGGCAGCAUCGUGACAAAGACGGUGAAGACGACGACACGCACUUCGACGUCUGCUAGCGGUGAGCUGGUGAAGACAAUCGAUGUGGAGACGACGACGGAGACGGAGACAACUUCUGGCGAGAAGAGCACCACGGUGGAGAUGGAGACGCGCGAGGAGACGGAAGUGGAGGAGAGCAGUCUCAUGACGACGCCAGGCAGCGCGACAACGUCCGUUUCAGGUGCUCAGGUCAUCCGCUCCACCGUGGAGGCUGGUACGACCCCAGAUGAGUCGGUACAGACUGAGGUGUUCCAAUCGCAGGAGGCCGACGGCAGCAUCGUGACAAAGACGGUGAAGACGACGACACGCACUUCGACGUCUGCUAGCGGUGAGCUGGUGAAGACAAUCGAUGUGGAGACGACGACGGAGACGGAGACAACUUCUGGCGAGAAGAGCACCACGGUGGAGAUGGAGACGCGCGAGGAGACGGAAGUGGAGGAGAGCAGUCUCAUGACGACGCCAGGCAGCGCGACAACGUCCGUUUCAGGUGCUCAGGUCAUCCGCUCCACCGUGGAGGCUGGUACGACCCCAGAUGAGUCGGUACAGACUGAGGUGUUCCAAUCGCAGGAGGCCGACGGCAGCAUCGUGACAAAGACGGUGAAGACGACGACACGCACUUCGACGUCUGCUAGCGGUGAGCUGGUGAAGACAAUCGAUGUGGAGACGACGACGGAGACGGAGACAACUUCUGGCGAGAAGAGCACCACGGUGGAGAUGGAGACGCGCGAGGAGACGGAAGUGGAGGAGAGCAGUCUCAUGACGACGCCAGGCAGCGCGACAACGUCCGUUUCAGGUGCUCAGGUCAUCCGCUCCACCGUGGAGGCUGGUACGACCCCAGAUGAGUCGGUACAGACUGAGGUGUUCCAAUCGCAGGAGGCCGACGGCAGCAUCGUGACAAAGACGGUGAAGACGACGACACGCACUUCGACGUCUGCUAGCGGUGAGCUGGUGAAGACAAUCGAUGUGGAGACGACGACGGAGACGGAGACAACUUCUGGCGAGAAGAGCACCACGGUGGAGAUGGAGACGCGCGAGGAGACGGAAGUGGAGGAGAGCAGUCUCAUGACGACGCCAGGCAGCGCGACAACGUCCGUUUCAGGUGCUCAGGUCAUCCGCUCCACCGUGGAGGCUGGUACGACCCCAGAUGAGUCGGUACAGACUGAGGUGUUCCAAUCGCAGGAGGCCGACGGCAGCAUCGUGACAAAGACGGUGAAGACGACGACACGCACUUCGACGUCUGCUAGCGGUGAGCUGGUGAAGACAAUCGAUGUGGAGACGACGACGGAGACGGAGACAACUUCUGGCGAGAAGAGCACCACGGUGGAGAUGGAGACGCGCGAGGAGACGGAAGUGGAGGAGAGCAGUCUCAUGACGACGCCAGGCAGCGCGACAACGUCCGUUUCAGGUGCUCAGGUCAUCCGCUCCACCGUGGAGGCUGGUACGACCCCAGAUGAGUCGGUACAGACUGAGGUGUUCCAAUCGCAGGAGGCCGACGGCAGCAUCGUGACAAAGACGGUGAAGACGACGACACGCACUUCGACGUCUGCUAGCGGUGAGCUGGUGAAGACAAUCGAUGUGGAGACGACGACGGAGACGGAGACAACUUCUGGCGAGAAGAGCACCACGGUGGAGAUGGAGACGCGCGAGGAGACGGAAGUGGAGGAGAGCAGUCUCAUGACGACGCCAGGCAGCGCGACAACGUCCGUUUCAGGUGCUCAGGUCAUCCGCUCCACCGUGGAGGCUGGUACGACCCCAGAUGAGUCGGUACAGACUGAGGUGUUCCAAUCGCAGGAGGCCGACGGCAGCAUCGUGACAAAGACGGUGAAGACGACGACACGCACUUCGACGUCUGCUAGCGGUGAGCUGGUGAAGACAAUCGAUGUGGAGACGACGACGGAGACGGAGACAACUUCUGGCGAGAAGAGCACCACGGUGGAGAUGGAGACGCGCGAGGAGACGGAAGUGGAGGAGAGCAGUCUCAUGACGACGCCAGGCAGCGCGACAACGUCCGUUUCAGGUGCUCAGGUCAUCCGCUCCACCGUGGAGGCUGGUACGACCCCAGAUGAGUCGGUACAGACUGAGGUGUUCCAAUCGCAGGAGGCCGACGGCAGCAUCGUGACAAAGACGGUGAAGACGACGACACGCACUUCGACGUCUGCUAGCGGUGAGCUGGUGAAGACAAUCGAUGUGGAGACGACGACGGAGACGGAGACAACUUCUGGCGAGAAGAGCACCACGGUGGAGAUGGAGACGCGCGAGGAGACGGAAGUGGAGGAGAGCAGUCUCAUGACGACGCCAGGCAGCGCGACAACGUCCGUUUCAGGUGCUCAGGUCAUCCGCUCCACCGUGGAGGCUGGUACGACCCCAGAUGAGUCGGUACAGACUGAGGUGUUCCAAUCGCAGGAGGCCGACGGCAGCAUCGUGACAAAGACGGUGAAGACGACGACACGCACUUCGACGUCUGCUAGCGGUGAGCUGGUGAAGACAAUCGAUGUGGAGACGACGACGGAGACGGAGACAACUUCUGGCGAGAAGAGCACCACGGUGGAGAUGGAGACGCGCGAGGAGACGGAAGUGGAGGAGAGCAGUCUCAUGACGACGCCAGGCAGCGCGACAACGUCCGUUUCAGGUGCUCAGGUCAUCCGCUCCACCGUGGAGGCUGGUACGACCCCAGAUGAGUCGGUACAGACUGAGGUGUUCCAAUCGCAGGAGGCCGACGGCAGCAUCGUGACAAAGACGGUGAAGACGACGACACGCACUUCGACGUCUGCUAGCGGUGAGCUGGUGAAGACAAUCGAUGUGGAGACGACGACGGAGACGGAGACAACUUCUGGCGAGAAGAGCACCACGGUGGAGAUGGAGACGCGCGAGGAGACGGAAGUGGAGGAGAGCAGUCUCAUGACGACGCCAGGCAGCGCGACAACGUCCGUUUCAGGUGCUCAGGUCAUCCGCUCCACCGUGGAGGCUGGUACGACCCCAGAUGAGUCGGUACAGACUGAGGUGUUCCAAUCGCAGGAGGCCGACGGCAGCAUCGUGACAAAGACGGUGAAGACGACGACACGCACUUCGACGUCUGCUAGCGGUGAGCUGGUGAAGACAAUCGAUGUGGAGACGACGACGGAGACGGAGACAACUUCUGGCGAGAAGAGCACCACGGUGGAGAUGGAGACGCGCGAGGAGACGGAAGUGGAGGAGAGCAGUCUCAUGACGACGCCAGGCAGCGCGACAACGUCCGUUUCAGGUGCUCAGGUCAUCCGCUCCACCGUGGAGGCUGGUACGACCCCAGAUGAGUCGGUACAGACUGAGGUGUUCCAAUCGCAGGAGGCCGACGGCAGCAUCGUGACAAAGACGGUGAAGACGACGACACGCACUUCGACGUCUGCUAGCGGUGAGCUGGUGAAGACAAUCGAUGUGGAGACGACGACGGAGACGGAGACAACUUCUGGCGAGAAGAGCACCACGGUGGAGAUGGAGACGCGCGAGGAGACGGAAGUGGAGGAGAGCAGUCUCAUGACGACGCCAGGCAGCGCGACAACGUCCGUUUCAGGUGCUCAGGUCAUCCGCUCCACCGUGGAGGCUGGUACGACCCCAGAUGAGUCGGUACAGACUGAGGUGUUCCAAUCGCAGGAGGCCGACGGCAGCAUCGUGACAAAGACGGUGAAGACGACGACACGCACUUCGACGUCUGCUAGCGGUGAGCUGGUGAAGACAAUCGAUGUGGAGACGACGACGGAGACGGAGACAACUUCUGGCGAGAAGAGCACCACGGUGGAGAUGGAGACGCGCGAGGAGACGGAAGUGGAGGAGAGCAGUCUCAUGACGACGCCAGGCAGCGCGACAACAUCCGUUUCAGGUGCUCAGGUCAUCCGCUCCACCGUGGAGGCUGGUACGACCCCAGAUGAGUCGGUACAGACUGAGGUGUUCCAAUCGCAGGAGGCCGACGGCAGCAUCGUGACAAAGACGGUGAAGACGACGACACGCACUUCGACGUCUGCUAGCGGUGAGCUGGUGAAGACAAUCGAUGUGGAGACGACGACGGAGACGGAGACAACUUCUGGCGAGAAGAGCACCACGGUGGAGAUGGAGACGCGCGAGGAGACGGAAGUGGAGGAGAGCAGUCUCAUGACGACGCCAGGCAGCGCGACAACGUCCGUUUCAGGUGCUCAGGUCAUCCGCUCCACCGUGGAGGCUGGUACGACCCCAGAUGAGUCGGUGCAGACUGAGGUGUUCCAAUCGCAGGAGGCCGACGGCAGCAUCGUGACAAAGACGGUGAAGACGACGACACGCACUUCGACGUCUGCUAGCGGUGAGCUGGUGAAGACAAUCGAUGUGGAGACGACGACGGAGACGGAGACAACUUCUGGCGAGAAGAGCACCACGGUGGAGAUGGAGACGCGCGAGGAGACGGAAGUGGAGGAGAGCAGUCUCAUGACGACGCCAGGCAGCGCGACAACAUCCGUUUCAGGUGCUCAGGUCAUCCGCUCCACCGUGGAGGCUGGUACGACCCCAGAUGAGUCGGUGCAGACUGAGGUGUUCCAAUCGCAGGAGGCCGACGGCAGCAUCGUGACAAAGACGGUGAAGACGACGACACGCACUUCGACGUCUGCUAGCGGUGAGCUGGUGAAGACAAUCGAUGUGGAGACGACGACGGAGACGGAGACAACUUCUGGCGAGAAGAGCACCACGGUGGAGAUGGAGACGCGCGAGGAGACGGAAGUGGAGGAGAGCAGUCUCAUGACGACGCCAGGCAGCGCGACAACGUCCGUUUCAGGUGCUCAGGUCAUCCGCUCCACCGUGGAGGCUGGUACGACCCCAGAUGAGUCGGUACAGACUGAGGUGUUCCAAUCGCAGGAGGCCGACGGCAGCAUCGUGACAAAGACGGUGAAGACGACGACACGCACUUCGACGUCUGCUAGCGGUGAGCUGGUGAAGACAAUCGAUGUGGAGACGACGACGGAGACGGAGACAACUUCUGGCGAGAAGAGCACCACGGUGGAGAUGGAGACGCGCGAGGAGACGGAAGUGGAGGAGAGCAGUCUCAUGACGACGCCAGGCAGCGCGACAACGUCCGUUUCAGGUGCUCAGGUCAUCCGCUCCACCGUGGAGGCUGGUACGACCCCAGAUGAGUCGGUACAGACUGAGGUGUUCCAAUCGCAGGAGGCCGACGGCAGCAUCGUGACAAAGACGGUGAAGACGACGACACGCACUUCGACGUCUGCUAGCGGUGAGCUGGUGAAGACAAUCGAUGUGGAGACGACGACGGAGACGGAGACAACUUCUGGCGAGAAGAGCACCACGGUGGAGAUGGAGACGCGCGAGGAGACGGAAGUGGAGGAGAGUGUUUCGAAGAAAUUGUCCGGUGCCUCGUCGCUUGGAUUGACUAGCGUUACGACGGUGAGUUUGGGCUCGGCGGAGAGUGUCGCUAAGACGAUGUCCUCAGGCUUCUUUGAACCAAUAGAUACUUUUGAAGCAACGUCAGAGGAGGCCACGGUGUCCGCGUCCGGCAAAAUUAUCUUUGAAAAGACCUUUGCUGACGAGAAGACCGUGGCGCUGGAGGAUGUUCGUUGCGGCAAUAAGGAGAUGAGCGGUAUGACAAAAGCCCUCGACGUGGGGACAGCUACCGUCGCAAGUGGUGCAAUCGGCUCUAUGAUGAGUGCCGCCCGCUGCAAAACUAAAUUUGCAGAUGCCGACUUGACGUGCAAGGACGUCGCUGCUACCAUGGGGCUCAAUGAUACAUCGAAGUAUCAGCCCGGUGAUAUAAAAUUGCAAGACAAGAAUACUCUUGUUGUUAUUGGUUUUGCUGGUGGGAGGAACAAAAAGUCGACGCUACGCAAGGUUAAAGAGGCUUCGUUUGGUUGGACGUGGCUGUCAGGUUUUGUGGCGUUUUGUGAGAAGCGGGGUGUGGAUGUUACUCAACUUGGUUCAGGUGAGGUGCGCAAGCUUUCGCGUGACUUCUGUUCGAAGAACUUUUCCAGCUUCAGUGAAAAUCUGUACGAAAUGGGUUCACUUGAUGAGAAGCAGGCGGUAUGGAAUGUAGCGCAUACUCUUUCAGCCCACUUCCCAGAGCUUGCGGCUCACCAGUUUGGUGCUCAGUUUGGACAACACAAGCGCAUCUUAGUGAUCAAUGAGUUGCCUAUUGAGGAUAAGGAAGUACCUGAAGCAACAAACUCAAACCUUGUGAUUUCGAUGCUGAAAGAAUCGCCAAAGCUGUCAGGUGGCUAUGAAAAUGUGCUGAUAACGGAAGAUGGUGAAGCAGUUUUCUACGGCUCGGCGAAGUAUCUUGUCUCAUUAUACAAGAAAAUUGGAUUUGCCUGGCAACACACUACUGAUAUCGCUGAGUUCUUGCUUAGUCUCGGUGCUACCGACAAUGGUAAUGCACAGUAUCUUGUAACUGUUAUUGAUCACGCAAACGAAGACAAAGACACCCGCCGCACCCAGAGCUUGUCUGCGUCUGUAAACUUUGCAGACGACACUGUACUUAUAACAAGUGCAGAACUAGCCCCGUUACGCGAAAAAAGAGAGGAUGACAAUCACCAAUUCGACUCGCAACAAAUUGCAAACAAAAUGUCGACUGCAACUGACAGGGUUAAAGCUCAUAACGCAAUAGCUAGCUCGGAGACAGCAACGGCUGUCGCGAGCGACGACGAGAUGUCUACAGAAUUGGCGGAGAUCCAGCGCGUAUGCCCUGGUGUUGCUUUGGAUGAGGCUGCUCUGGCAUCUCUGCUGCUGUCAAAGAGUGUAGAGCAGCGCUGCCUGAUUUGGUGGCGCUACCGCACCCUGUACAAACAGAGCUUGACGGUGUGGAUAAAGAGCACGAGCGACUAUGGCGUUCUGCUGAAGAUGCUCGCAAGUCCUUUGGAGCAAGUGGAAGCUGAGAUCCUACAAAAGGCGACAAAGGGAUUGGGCACAACGGAGGAGUGGAUCUACCCGACGUUCCAGGGAAAAUACGGUGACGACCUGGUGAAAGGCUUGAGCAAAGAACUAAGCGGUGACCUGAAGACGGUGAUCCUGGCCGCUAUGCGCGGCGAGGUGGCCGACUUCAAUGCGUCUGUCCAUGCGAGCGUGAAGGCAAGUACGGACACAGAUGCGUUGUGCAAGGCUGGACAAGGGCGUGCGGGAGUAGAUGAGACGACAUUCAUCAACAUCCUCGUGCUGAGUCCUGCGGAGCACGUGCGCGGCAUCAACAGUGCGUAUGAGGCAAAGUAUAAGACGAACCUCAUGGGUGCGAUCGAAGCUGAGUUUUCUGGUGAUGCGAAGCGCGCGAUGCUGUUCCUGGUGCGGUCGGUGCUGGAGCCGGUGAAUCUGCUUGCGGAGCUGUUUGAUACGACACUACAGGGUUGUGGUAAGAACGCGUAUGGCCUGAAUGCGUUAGUGGUGCGGUACUACCGCCUCCUUAAGCGCAUUCGCAUCGUAUAUACGCGCUUAUACCACCAGGAACUACGCACGCGUAUCCAGGGCGUGGUGAGUGGCGAGUACUGCCAGUUGCUUCUGUCAACAUUGGACGCGGCUGAGGUGGAGUUUGGUGCGUCUGCAUCAGUAACUACUUCGGCAUGUGCUGAUGAUGUCUUAGACACGAGCGCUACUGUAAGUGGCACGAGUGCUGAUGCAAGUGGCACAAGCACUACUGUAAGUGCCACAAUUGCUGCUGUUGGCGGUGCUGUCGUUGGCACGAGCUUGUCAGUGAAGGAGGAGACAAGCGUUUCAUCAGGUGCUACUGUGGAUACGACUUGGAGAGCGUUAGCUGGCUUGGAGACAGCAACGGCUGUCGCGAGCGACGACGAGAUGUCUACAGAAUAG